GCAGGAACUUUGGGGGAGCCGAAAUUUGGGAUUUUGCAAUUCCCGGCUCCCGUGGGUGUUUUGGGAUUUGGGGCUCUGCCUCCCAAAUGUGGGAGGGGAAAAGAUGGGAGGGAAAAAUUCCAGCCUGGGGAACAGCGAGAAUUCCCGGAUUUCUGCGCUUCCCGGAGAUUUUCCCAGCCGGGAAUUUUCCUGCGCUGCCUCUUUCCAGGCCAUGUCCGCAGCUGGAAUUUCGGGAAUUUUGGAAUUGCUGCUGGAGCUGGAGGAAAACUUCUCCUCCUGCCUGGCCCGGAUCGACGCCCUCAUCAUCAAACCUCUGCUCCAGGCGGAGCCGCAGGAUCCGAAGGAAAAGGAGAAUUUCCAGCUUUUCGUGCUCCUCAACGAUCGCUUCCAAACCCUCUGGAAUUUCACGGAGGAGAAUUCCCGGAUGCUGAGGGGGAAAUCCCAGUCGGAAAAUUCCGGUUGUAUCCAGGAUUUUUACAUCCUCUGGAAAGGAGAAGUUUUCCUCAGCCUCUACAUCCAGUAUUUCGUCACCUUCGCCAACUUUGUGGUGGUUCGGGGCUUGGAGCAGGCGGCCGGGAGCAGGAGCGACGCCUGGAGGCUGCACCGGGCGGUGCUGAAGGAAUUCCUGCGGGAUUUCACCUCCGAGAGCUCCCUGGCGCUGGCGCUGCACUCGGCGCUGCACAAACCCCUCCGGGAGCACAUCCAGGGAUACCUGCGGAUCCUGGCGCUGCUCCGGGAGCAGCUCCGGCAGGGCUCGGAGCGGGAUGUGGUGGCCACGGUGGAGCAGGAAUUUGGGAAGUUGGAAUCCUUCAUCAGCCAGGUCCUGGAUGAAGCCGUCGUCACCAAGGAGCUCUGGAAAUCCCUGGGAUGCAAAUUCACCGACGUGCUGUGUGUUCCCGAGCGGAGGCUCCUGGAGGACAGCCGGAACCUUCCCAUCGCGUCCGGCGCCGCCCGCUCCGAGCGGCUCCUGCUCUUCGACGACGUCCUGGUGCUCAUCCAGGGAAACAGCUUCCAGAGUUUUGAUCUGAAGCUGGUGUGGGUGGAUGAAAACUGCGGAGAGAAAUCGGCUCCGGGAGUGCACAGCCUGCGCAUCACAACCCCGGAGGAGACCUUCGUCCUCUCCACCAAGGACCCUCAGACCAAGGCCGUGUGGAGGUGGAAGCUGGAGCAGGCCGUGCGCCAGGCGCUCAACGGGAAGCGCGAUUUCCCUCUCUGGGGCCGCAGCGGCGAGGGCAGCGAGGCCCCGGCCCGGCGCUUCUUCAGCUACGGCUUCCGCACGGAGGGGCGGCUCCGCGGCGCCACCUACGAGGGAGAGUGGCUCUGGGGGAAGCCCCACGGCAAGGGCACGCUCAAGUGGCGCGAUGGACGCAACCACGUCGGCGAUUUCCGGGAGGGCCUGGAGCACGGGUUUGGGAUCUGCCUGGUCCCGCGGCGCUCCGAGGAUCGCUACGACUGCUACAAGUGCCACUGGUACCAGGGCAGGAUGAGGGGCUAUGGAAUCUGUGAGUACGGGAAUGACCUGGUCUACAAGGGCUACUUCAAGGACAACGCGCGCCAGGGCUUUGGGAUCCUGGAGAACUUCUCGGCCGAGCAUCCCUUCAGAUACACGGGACACUGGGAAAACGACAAAAAGAGCGGAUACGGAGUCUGGGACGACAAGGAGAGAGGGGAGAGGUACAUCGGGAUGUGGCUGGACGACCACAGACACGGAGAAGGCAUCGUGGUGACGCAGUCGGGGCUCUGCUACCAGAGGACAUUCCAUGCGGGUAAAAUGGUGGGUUCGGGAAUUCUGCUCCUGGAAGACGACUCCGUCUACGAAGGGAACUUCACCGAGGAUCUGACGUUUGUUGGAAAGGGGAAGCUGUCCUUGGCCGCCGGCUCCGCGCUGCGGGGAACGCUCGGCACCCGGGGCGGGCUCAGCCCCGAGCCCCGGAGAGAGCCCCACCAGCUGGGCCUGAAGGAAUUCCCAGUGGAGAAGAGAUGGACGGGAAUCUUGGAGCAGUUCCUGGAAUUCCUGCAUUCCGGCUGCAAGGAGGAAAUGGAGGAAUCGUUCACGGGAUUCCACAUCCAAAGCAGCAAGGAGCUGAGGAAAUCCCAGGAAUAUCUGUUCUGCCAGAGAGGUUCCGAGGAAUUUUCUUGGAAAAUUGAGGAGAUCCUGGAAGAUCUCCCGGAGCACCAGGAGCUGGAGUCGCUCCGGAGUUAUUUGGAGAAGGCGUUGGGCUCCUCCCUGCAUCCCCUGGGGAAGCUGCUGCGGGCGCUGACGGCUGCGUUCCGGGCGACGUACGCGGGGCUGGGCGCCAACCGGCACCUGCGGGCCAUGGCGCGGGACGAGGUGACGUUCUGCUCCCGGGAAAUCUGGGAAUUCUACCGGGGUUUGCUGCGGGUGGCCCUGGAGCGGAAGGGCCGCGCGCCCUCCGAGGAUGUGGAUCCCAGCGCCGGGAAGGGCCCCAGCCUGGUGCUGCCGCUGAUCCUGCCGGGAUUCUAUCCCGAGCUCUCCAUGCUCUACAUGCUCCAGCACCAGCGCCAGGACGAGCUCUACUGCCAGGGAAUCGUGGAGCUCAGCCUCUUCCCGGAUAUCCAGCUCCUGGAAUUCCUGGAUGUGCAGAAGCACCUGUGGCCUCUCAAAGACCUCACCCUGACCUCCAACCAGAGGCGCUCCCUGAUCAAGGACAAAUGUUUCCUGUCGGCCACCGAGUGCCUGCAGAAGCUCAUCACCACGGUGGAUCCUCGGGAGAAGCUGGAGAUCGUGCGCCGCACGUGCGAGGAGCUGGAGCGGGCGGUGUCGCGCCGGCUGCCCAUGGACGACCUCCUGCCCCUGCUCGUCUUCGUCGUGUCCCGCGCCAAGAUCCAACAUCUGGGAGCUGAAAUCCACCUGAUCCGGGAUCUGAUGGAUCCGACCAACCAGGGAGGAAUGUUGGACUUCCUGCUGACAACACUGGAGUCGUGCUAUGAACACAUCCAGAGGAUCCGGCUCCAUCCAAAGGAAAAUUCCCACAGCUCCUGAUCCAUGGGGAAAAUCGGAAUUUUCCCAAAUUUUCCCAAAUUUUCCCAAAUUUUCCCGAAUUUUCCGGACCAAACCCUGCUGUAAAAAGUGGGAAUUUUAUCCCUUUAAAGGGAAGAAUUCCUCCCCAGCCGAGGUUUUCCUGAUCCCAAAAAACACUGGAAGGGCUGGAAUUUCCAUCUCCAAGGUUUUUGUUGGUUUUUUUUGGAAUUUUAUCCCCCUUUUCCUGUAAAUAAUUCCCAGGAAAAAUCUCCUUUCCCUGCUCAGGAUGGCGUUUUUAUUUAUUAAUUUUUUUUGCACUGGAAAAUUCCCAGAAAAAGAAUUUCUUUGGGAAAACUCGAUUUUUCAUGGGAUUUCUUGCACUGGGAAGGGAAGCUCAUCCCAAAACUCCAAAAAAUUCUGGGAAUUACAGGAGAUUUUUCCCAACUCAGGAUUUUUCCAAUUCCAUUCGGAAGCUGCUAUUCCCAAAUUUCCCGAUUUUCCAAGAUUUUUAUUUCUCCUUGGGAGAUCUCAGGGGUGAUCCCACACCUUGGAAUUCUUGGAAAAAAACCACGGAUUUCUCCCAGAUUUUGGGAAAUUCCAGGAAAAACAACCGGAAAUUCUGGAAUAAAAACUCCAAUCCCAGCUGGAUUUGUGCUCUGAGCUGGAAUUUCCGCUUUGGAAAAGAAAUAUUUGGGAUAUUCCCAAUGGAUAUUUGGGAAAUAAUUUAAAAAUAGCCUAAAAAAAUCUUAUUUUUGACAGUUUUUUAUCCCAUUUUUUUUUUCAUUUUUCCUGGGAUUUUUUUUCUUAUCCAGAAAAAUAAAACUUCCCAAGAUUUUCCCGAUUUUCUAAAUUAAGGAAAGCGCUCCUUGAUUUUUUUGGAAAUGAAGAAUUGGAAAUCCAAAGCUUUAAAUAAAUGGGAUUUUUUGUCAUUUUUCCAUGAAUUUUUUUUCAUUUUUCCCAGGAAUUUCUUCAUUUUUCCAAGGAAUUUUAAACCUUAUCCAGGUGACUCUGGGAAAAACAAAACCCUCCAAGUUUUUUCCUCCCAUUCUCCCAAAUUUUAUCAUUUAAUAAAUAACAGAUUAAUUACAAUAAUUAUUAUAUUAAUGGCAGAAUCCCAUGGGAUUCCAUGGAAUUCCAUCCCAUUGCCAGGAAUUUUUAUUGAAAUAAAAAUUAUGGGAAUUUUGAAGAAAUCCCAGGAUCCAGGUGCUCCUUCUUCCAAUCUUUGUUUUCAGGAAUUUGGGAAUUUUCUGAAUGAAGGAAAAGUGGAUCCUUGAUAUUUUUGGGAAUGCAGAAAAAUUGGAAAUCCAAAGCUUUAAAUAAAUGGGAUUUUUUGUCAUUUUUCCAUGAAUUUUUUGUCAUUUUUCCCAGGAAUUUCUUCAUUUUUCCAAGGAAUUUUAAACCUUAUCCAACUGACUCUGGGAAAACAAAAUUCCCCCAGGAUUUUUCCUCCCAUUUUCCCCAAAUUUUAUCAUUUAAUAAAUAACAGAUUAAUUACAAUAAUUAUUAUAAUAAUGAGAGAAUCCCAUGGGAUUCCAUGGAAUUCCAUCCCAUUGCCAGGAAUUUUUAUUGAAAUAAAAAUUAUGGGAAUUUUGAAGAAAUCCCAGGAUCCAGGUGCUCCUUCUUCCAAUCUUUGUUUUCAGGAAUUUGGGAAUUUUCUGAAUGAAGGAAAAGUGGAUCCUUGAUAUUUUUGGGAAUGAAGAAUUGGAAAUCCAAAGCUUUAAAUAAAUGGGAUUUUUGUCAUUUUUCCAUGAAUUUUUUGUCAUUUUUCCCAGGAAUUUCUUCAUUUUUCCAAGGAAUUUUAAACCUUAUCCAGGUGACUCUGGGAAAAACAAAAUUCCCCCAGGAUUUUUCCUCCCAUUUUCCCCAAAUUUUAUCAUUUAAUAAAUAACAGAUUAAUUACAAUAAUUAUUAUAUUAAUGAGAGAAUCCCAUGGGAAGUUUGCCAGGAAUUUUUAUUGAAAUAAAAAUUAUGGGAAUUUUGAAGAAAUCCCAGGAUCCAGGUGCUCCUUCUUCCAAUCUUUGUUUUCAGGAAUUUGGGAAUUUUCUGAAUGAAGGAAAAGUGGAUCCUUGAUAUUUUUGGGAAUGCAGAAAAAUUGGAAAUCCAAAGCUUUAAAUAAAUGGGAUUUUUUGUCAUUUUUCCAUGAAUUUUUUGUCAUUUUUCCCAGG